AUGUGGCGGGAAAGUCGUUUACUUUUGCGGUCUCCAUUAGUUAUUCAGCACAUAAAGUGCCAUGCUCGAAAUGUAUCACUCCUUCAAAAUGAUAAGGACGUUGAUAAUAGGAAAAUGAAUUUACAAAACGCAAGAAAAAAAUACAAAUUGGAGCAAAACACUUUCAAUUUAUCAGAGGACCAAAAGGAUCAAGUCGACCUUGUCAAUGUUCCGCCGUUGAUACACAAAGUUCCAAAGGAAGAGAAAAGGUCAUUGGUACAUGAGCUACGGUUUUUAUUUGAAAAUGUUUUUUACGGAGAAUACCAAAAACAUUUUGGAAAAGGGAACUUGACAAUACAGGAAAUGAUCAAUCAUUUUAGAUCUAGUUGGAUAUUGACGGAACCAAAGGGAUGCGAAGUAUGGAGAACAGAGGCAGUAGAUGACUGUCAUCAAACACCUUUACAGCGAGCUCAAGCUGACCACUGGUUUGCAUGGCAGAGGCUGAAUGGAGUAACUCGCAAUCUCAUCAAACGAGUUCAUGAAGUUCCUCAAGAGUUUGUUUCCUCUGCAUACGACAUACAAGAUAAACAUCCAUAUCUUGGGGGCAUCUCAUUAACAAUGCAUGCUCAAAAUGGAACAUUGUAUGCAGUAGACCUGACAGACGUUGCAGUUGGUGCACAGACGCCAGAAGUUCCGAUAGCUUUAUUCACAGUAUGGAAAGAAAAACUUAUGCCUGUUGCUAUAAAUACAUAUGCCUGCGAUGCAAAUGGAAAGGUACUUAAGCCAUCUACGUUAGGCACUGCUGAAGAUAUUCGAGACUGGGUAAACGCAAGAAUAUGGUUCAACAUGGUAGAUGCUCAGUAUCACCAAUCGAUCACCCAUCUAGGUUUCACGCACAUGCUUAUGGAUGGUGUGAGUGUUUGUAUGCAUAGAAAUCUCUCAGACAGACACCCUAUCUACAAGUUGCUCUUGCCCCAUUUCCAGUACAUGCACAUCAUAAACAAAGAUGCUAAAUUAGCAUUAAUUAAACCUGGGGGUUUCGUGGACAAAGAUAUGUACUUUGGACAUGUUCAUAUGCUGAAACUCAUAGCCAUCCUAAACAAAACCUGGACAUAUCAACAAAAUGCAUCCAUUCAUGCUAGCCUGAAUUUGAGAGAAGCGAAUGCAUUUAUAUUUUGUUUAUCUGAAAUACCGGGAUAUUUCUUCAAAGAUGACGCUUUACGUCUGCAUGGGGCUAUACAACAAUAUGUAUUGGAAUAUGCAACACACUAUUACAGGAAUAAUGAUCUGAAUGUGCGUGAUGAUCAAGAGAUUCAAGCAUUUAGAGAGGAACUUGUUCGUCCGAGAUCAAUGAAUAAGGGAGGAGGAUGUGGAAUGAAUGGUAUUCCCGAAUUCGACAAUCUCCAAACCCUCGUAGAUGUUUUAACUAAUUUCAUCUACAUCUGUAGCGUAGAACAUUCUGCGACCAGUUUUCCAGCGUAUGACCAAUACGCUUUUCCACCUAACUUUGCAGCGACGUUACAUGGCCAUCCCGAUGAUGCAGUGAUUGGUCUCAAUGUCAGUAUGCCUGACAGCAAGGAAUUCUUUUCCGCAAUUUCAGUUAUGAAGAUUUUGACUCUUGUACUCACAAACAGUCUAGGAAACUACAAAUGUACUUAUUUGAAAUCAAUGGAUAUGGACGGAAGGAUUUUUGUAAAAAAUUUUCAGCAAAACUUGGAAGUCAUUCGAAAAGAAAUAUAUGAUAGAAACGCCGACAUUAUUAAAGGGAACAAUAAAAACCAAGUCCAGGAAUACACGUAUGAAUGGCUACUUCCAGACAGAGUUUUAAACUCCAUUAGUAUCUAACGAAAACGAAUAUAUACAUGUAGACUGUAAGAUUUUGUUAUUUAGCAACCAAAAACAACUGAUACAACUAAACAACAGUUCAGGAGAGCUUAAUGAUCAAUGACAGAACACCGUAUAUACAUGCAUCUUUACUCAUGUAACAUAUCUGUUACCAAUUUUGUGCAACAUCUUUUGGUUUUUUUUCAUGUUAUUAUAAUAUUUUUUAUUUUUUUUUACUUUUGGGCGUAUUUGAUUUAAAUGUUUGGUAUAGAAAUAUUCUAGAAUUUUCUUUUUUGUUAGUGAACAUAUACAUUUAUGGAUUAUCAAUGAAUGAAAAAUAUAAUGAAUUAUAUAUAUAUUUUAAGUGUAUUUGAAUACACACCAAUUACGAAUACUAUUGAAACUCAAUAAAGUAAAGAUCUAAAUUAAUAUAAGCUGCAAUUUUUAUAUCGAAAAUUUUAACUGUGAAAUUGUAAUUUACUUCUAAAAUGACCACGUUAUCAUGAACUUAUGAAAUCAGUCUGCAUGUUUAAAAACAUGAUAUGUUUAUGUAUGUGUAUGUGCAGAUUAAUAGAUGUUGCAUAUGUAUGAGAUUAAUGAUUUUGUAAUCGCUGUAAUAUUUGAUAAAAAGGGAUAAUAAAAAAUAUG